UUUCCAGUGUAAAUAAAGUAGCAGUGAAUGACAGCAGAAUAAAUCUCCACAAGCAUUUUAAGUGGUAGAGUGUCUUUUAUCUGAUAAACAAUAUCAAAUAAAUUUUUCCAAACUACUUUUCGAAAUCGUACCGUUGAUAUGGAAGCCAUUCCCGAUCAGAAGCACUAUAACCUAUCACACUACCAACAACGGUUCAACUGGGAUUGUGGUAUUUCGUGCAUUAUUAUGAUCCUAUCGACCUCACAACGUGAGACGUUGUUGCACGACUUUGACAAAAUAUGUGCAGAGGAAGGGUUUGGUUCCAGCACUUGGACAAUAGAUUUGUGUUACCUACUGCAGCGCUUCCAAGUACGUCACGAAUACUACACAAAAACGCUCGGUAUCGACCCAAGCUACAGUGAACACAGUUACUAUACGAAAAUCAUUGAUAAGGAUGAAAAACGUGUGACACGAAAAUUUAAAGAGGCGCACGUACAUGGUUUGCACGUCGAGCACCGUACAAUAGAAAUGGAAGAAUUGCUACAACAUCUUGGGCGACGAGGGCCUGUGAUAUUAUUGACCAACGCGUCGUUGCUUACGUGUGAAGUUUGUAAAAGGAACGUGUUGGAGAAAUUCGGUUGUUUCCAACUCUCUUGUAUCGUUAACAAUACACGCACACCCCAAAGUUAUGCAGGACAUUAUGUUGUGCUCUGUGGAUACGAUUUAAAAUCUCAAUUGAUUUAUUAUCACAAUCCGGAAGUGCAUGAUGAACAUGUAUGUCGAUGUACAACAGCCGCAAUGGAUGUAGCACGGAAAGCGUAUGGCACUGAUGAGGAUGUGAUACUGAUCUUUCGAAAUUAAAAAAAGCAUACAAGAAAAUCUCUGAAAAAUCCAUAAGUUAAUUAUAACCAAUUAAUGCUAUUAGAUGUGUUUAGGAGGCGCCCCGAAAUUUUGAAGACGUUUUAAAAGAUUUAAGCUAGGAAUAGGGAAACAGAUUUUAGUGGAUCUUUUAAUUCGGUUUCUUUUCUAAUUACAUUAAAAUAUUUUUUAUUACGCAUUUAUGUCAGUUAGCUUCAAUGACUUUUGUUGCUACUACAUAAGUAAAGAAAGCAUAUGUGCCUCCUUGAGCUUUUUCUUGGUUUUAGGUCAGCUCGUGUUUAGUUAACUUAGGAAAAAAGUGGAAAUACCAAAACAAUUCAUGAAACCUCGAACUCAAGUAUUAGGGAGUAUAUUCCCGCAUGUAAAUAAAAAAACAUAAUGUACUGCAAUUUUUAAGGGAAAGUAAAGAAAAUAUUGUGAUAAAAAUAAAAAAGUGCAAAUAAGUGAGUUAUUACUCAAGCAACAGUUUGUAUGUUUUAGGUACAUGCAGGGGUAAUAAAAAUGUAUUUUUGGUUAAUGGUGAAUAAAAUAUAAGAUUGUAUGAAUGAAAUGAAAACUGUAACCAGUCAAACUUACCUCUGUAACGCAAGCCUAGACAAAAAUGUUAUUAACAAAUAAUCUAACAAGCCUUAAGGUAAUAUAAAAUAAAAUAAAGUGGAAAGAGUUAAAAAUAGUAUACCAAGCAUAGUGCCAACAAAUUGCAAAUGCAAAGCUUCCUUUUUUUGUGGCAUUAAUAAAAUAAAAUAUUAAUUUUUUUAAUUUUUAUUGUUUUACAAACACACUUUAUUAUCUUUAUUAUAAAUGUAUGUAUGUAUAUAUGGUGACGAAGUUUCCAGAAAAUGUAUACAUUUAACUAUUGCCAGUUACUUUAAGUACUUUCUAUCUGUAGUUAAUAUUUUUUAUAUACUCGUAUAUUAGUAUUUUAGUAUACAUUAAUUAUUUAUGCAGCCUGCACGCUGCACAUAAUUGUACCUACGCAUUUGUACGAAAACUCAUGCACUUAUAUUACUACAUAUAUUUUGCUGUAGUUAUUUUUUAUCAUUGCGAUAACUUUCAACUAGAAAAGUGUAAAUUACGCGCAUACAAAAUUCUUUAUUGUCGCGGUUAAGAAAUAUUUAUUGUAACAUUCGGCCAAUGCUAGCGGACUUAUUGCAUUAUAAA